AUCAAGUUUGUUCGAUGGAUUCUUAUAAUGUUUAUAUAGAAUCUUGAUCUGUUUGUUUGUAUGUUACAAGUAUCAUCAAAAUUAGCUAUAUAAAAUAAGUUCAAUAAAUUUGUUAUAAAAAUGGACUGUAUCUACUUUCAUAUUCAAGUUAUAAGAGAUAACCAGAGGACGUGUGUUUUCGGGGGAUUAUGAAAAGAAGUAAAAACACCUAUUUCUACAUGGUGACAAUUUCUGGGUUAUACUUUCUGAUGAUUAUAUUGCUACAUAGCCGAUUACAAGUAGAAAUAUGUCUGUCUCAAACAGGGAACCAGAAAUAUCAGAUUCGUAAUAAUUCCUACAAUCAUCUAGCAUUGGACCACGUUCAAAGUUUGACUAGAUUACAAACAGAGCUACUCACCAAAGCACCUUGCCAUCUCUCAUCGGAAACUACUCAAUUUUCUUUCCAAACUGUUGCUGAAAAUUUAUUUUAUGUCUACACGGCUUACUUGGACAAAAGGAUGAAUAGUACAUACGUGAGGAUUAUGUCAAUUCUAUUGAGAGGCAAGAAAGAUAAUAUUAAUGUCAUUUGCUCUUUCAAGGGAGACAACUUAAUAAAAGUUACUGCCAUAAAAUAUGAAAUGUGUGAGAAUCACAAUAAAAAAUUUGGAGGUUGGAUAAUGUCAUGUCCGAUUCCAGAAAAUAUCCCAGAUCCUUGUGAAGUGACUGUCAGUUCCAUACUUAAUACAGAAGCAUCAACCAAAGCAAACAAUGUAACAUUAAAUAUAAUACCAUUAGAUUCACAAAAUACCAAAGUCCAAUACAGUGUAUGUAUUCCACCAUUAUUUGGUAGUGUCAAUUCUUCAAGAUUAAUAGAAUUCAUGGAAUUUACAAAAUAUUUAGGUGCGGAAAAAUUUAUAUUCUAUACUCAUGGGAUUCAGGACGAGAAAAGUAAAAUAGCUUUAGAACAUUAUUCCAACGAAAGUCUGGUCACAGUGAUACCAUGGAAACUACCUGACAUGGUACAAGACGGACAGAUAUGGUACCAUGGACAGUUAAUAGCUCACAAUGAUUGUCUUUAUCGCUCUAUGAGUCUAACAGAUAAAUUAGCUAUUCAGGACAUUGAUGAAUUGAUUGUACCUCAUGACAGUACAGUCUUUUGGGACCAAUCUUUGACACCUCUGCUUUCUGGAAAUGUCAAAGGGCUAGGCAUACAUAGUGCAUUUUUCGACACAACCUUACGAGGUGAUGUUUUAGCGAUAAGCAGUAUUAAGAGAACUAAGAAUUUCAGUCGUUUCCGAACCAAGGUGCUAGUUAAACCGUCUGCCAUAUUUGAAGUAGGAAUACACCACGUCAGUAAACCCUUAUUAGAACAGUAUAAAAUAAUUAGUCCACCAACAUCCAAAGUCUUAUUACACCAUUACAGGUCUUGCCUGUCUAAUUAUGGUAUGAACUGUAAAGACUGGGUCCUAGACCAGACCAUUAAAGUCAAAUAUGGCCAUGUUAGAAAUCAUAUAUUACAUGUUAAAUCUAUAGUUGAUACGUUAUCACACCUUAGUGCUCAAACUGUUAAUACUACCAAAAAUAAAUUAUUUUCUUGAA